UCCUGUAGUCAGUUCGGUGUUUUAGGGAGCUGUUGUGCGUUUGCCUAACGCAUCAGUAUCUCUGCAGCCCCGCAAACAUCCGGACGGCCGUCCGUUGCUGCUGCACCGCACAGAUGACCGUGAGGACAGAGCGGGAAAGGACUGGAGCGCAGAGGAGGAGAGUCUGGAGAAAAGCCGGAGACUGCCCAUGGUGGAGGGGCGGAGCAGUAAGCAUGCGCUGAGCUGGCAGGCUCUGGGCUGGUCCUGACGGGCUGGCUGCUGGGCUCCAGGCGGCUGUCUGUGCGCGUCAGACGGUGGCGGAGGGAGACUACCAUCCACACUCUGCGUCUCCUCGAGAAGUCCGAAGAAACGGCGAAAGCGACGCGGAUAGCUGCGAAGAGACAGCAAAGUACAGCCUCUGUCGACAUCUGGAAAAACACCGAAGAAGGAGACGUGCGCCCCCACCCCUCUAUCCCACACCCCGCCGCCAACCCGCCCUGUCUUUUCCUCUCCACCACUUCGUGCCAUCCCUCUGGUCUGAGCUGCCCCCCCUCCUUGGAGAAUCGCGACUACCUAAAGGAAACCCCUGCUUGACCAGCGUUGCUAUGAAGCGAUGCUUUGAAUUUUUGACGGAAUCACCUUUUAGCGUCGGUCUUUCCUCAGCAGGAGCAGUUCAGCCUAUGGAUUUGGGUGUUUACACUUUUUUGCGCGUUUCCACUGGUAUGAUAUGAUAACAUGCAACAUAUGAUCCUGAGACAAGAGACAGAGCUGUCACUGCAAAGACUUUUCUGCAUCUAACAACCAGCUGUCACACACGAUGGAUUUUAGUUUAUGUUUGUUUUGAAGCUUCAGAUCAGUGCUGACAAUGGUCUGAGAACAGACCUAGUAAUCAUUUUCCAGACGUGCCAACUGCAUAUUGUUAUCAAAGAAAAACUGACAAGGAGUCUCCUGACACCGACACAAUCUCAGACCAAGGACUGGAGAAGUUUGUUCCUUUGGAAGCGUGGAUCAAGCUGGAGACACCCCGGUUAUUUCCACGGAAUUUUGGCUGUGAGAAGAUGCCAACAGAGAGCGGCAAGUGCUGCCAAGGCAGACCUAACAAGGCCUGUGCUUGAGGGAAACAAGGCCUGAUCACGGAAAAGCUGCAGGCCCCAAAGCAGAUCAAGGCUUAGGAAGUUUGGACUUGGGAAGGUUGCAGUCAUGCUAUCCCUGGACGAGCCUCUGGACCUGAAGCUCCCGCGACGAUCCAAUGGAAAAGACAGAGGAGCACGUUCUUCUCCCCUGUCGCCGUUAAACGCCAAGCGCGUCCGCCAACUCCACAUGACAGAUGAUGGAACCGCAAUAAUAGAGCCUGCCUCACCCCCGUCCCCACACUCAGGUGUGCAGGUGGUUCCUCAUGAUCGAACAGACACCCCGACCCCCCCUGCAGUGGACCUGAGUAUGUCCCCCUCCUCUCGCCACACCCCCAGCUCUCCAGAAAUGAUGAAUGGCAACUACCUCCCCUCAGGAAAUUCUUACUUCUCCCAGGCAUUUCAAUUCUUUGUUCCAAUCGGAGCCAGAGCAGGACUUCAUCUGCCAUCCUCCAUGUUUAUUGGCAAGACAAACGACAAGCGAGCUUCCCCGGACCUUUCGGCGGAUGAGCAACUGGCCUGCCGCUGGAAAAAAUGUCACCUGCUUUUUGACUCCUUACAAGACCUGGUGGACCAUGUCAAUGAUUUCCAUGUCAAACCAGAGAAGGAUUCUGGGUACUGCUGCCACUGGGAGGGGUGUGCUCGCAAAGGAAGGGGGUUCAAUGCUAGGUACAAAAUGCUUAUUCACAUUCGCACUCACACUAACGAGAAGCCCCACCGCUGUCCUACCUGCAACAAAAGUUUCUCGCGCCUGGAGAACCUCAAGAUCCACAACCGAUCCCACACAGGUGAAAAGCCCUAUAUUUGUCCUUACGAGGGCUGCAACAAGCGCUACUCCAAUUCCAGCGACCGCUUCAAACACACACGCACGCAUUAUGUGGACAAGCCCUACUACUGCAAGAUGGUGGGCUGCCUGAAGCGCUACACAGACCCCAGCUCGCUGCGCAAGCACAUCAAAGCACAUGGCCACUUUGUGGCUCAGGAGCAGGCGGCUGCGGGAGGGGUGGGCUCCCUGCUGAAGGGAAGCCAGAGCGGAGUUCUUGGUGGUGCGGGGGGUAAGGAUUUAGAGAUGCCCUAUGUUAGUGGGGCUCACAUUAUUAUCCCUGGAGCUGCAGCCGCACUUCUUGGAAGCCAUGCUCUGCAGGGGAUCGGUGGUGCCUUGCCGCUUUCCCCUCUCAAUCCCAGACCUCUGGACCUCAGCACACUGGGUAGCCCCAACUCCCCCCCUUGCAGUUUUGGAGGCUCGUCUAUCCUGUCCUUCAACGGCUCCCAUCUGGGCCUGGCUAAGUCCGCCCUGCUCCCCCCAGCGUUCUCUUCAGCAGCCCUGGGCAUGCCAAUGGCCCCGGUGCUGUCUGAGCGCAGGGCCCAGCAGCUUCAGGCGACAAAAGGCAGAGCAGGAGAGGCAGAAGACGAGGUGACUGGAGGGGCUCUAAACCUCUCCACUGGAGGGUCUCAUGAUCCGCUGUCUUGGGUGGUCAUCUCCCCUGGCUCUGUUGUGCUCAAGCCAGCUGUGGUCAACUGACACACACACACACAUUCCAGAAGAGCUCAGGGGGUUGGGAAAGAAGAGUCAAUAACAUAGGGAGGGUAUGGCCGGUCAAAGAUGAUAAAGAUGGGCUUGCACAAUCAAAUCUGGGCAAUGCAUAGAGGAGAAAUAAUGCAAAAACCACACAAAAGACAAUGGAUGUCAGAAAACCUAAACAAAUGUAAGGAAAUAAGAAAUGACCAUACAACGCAAGCCUCUUUGUGAGUUAGAAAACAAAGCUUGAGGCAUAAGAACCAUUUAAUGUCCUGUAUCUGUAUUACAAGGCCACUGUAUUACCACAGCCUGCUCUUUACUUUUUCACUUUCCUACAAGCUCACAAAAAUGACAGUCCGCAAAAGUCCGCAUUCAUCAUACAGUCUUUAUACGAUUGUACUUUGACAGUGUGCUUCCAGCUUAGCAGGGAGAUACGUACACCACAAAUGAAGCCCUUGCGGUGACAGGUAGAUGCGAUAGGAAGACUUCUGUUUUUUCACAGGCCACUGUGAUUAAUACGAUCCAGACAAGCUUGCCAAACCAAAGCAAGUGAACUCAGCCUGUCCUGUGUUUGAGCAGCGGGCGGGUAGCCCAACGCAGGACUCCAUAUUGUCAGCUGGUAUUAAAAACCUCAACACUGCUGCUAACCUCUCUGCUCCUCCAGUGCAACAUGAACUGGAAAAGAGCACUUUUUGACAAUCUGUCCCCUACCCCAUUUUGGGGAGAGUGACCAACACAGACCAGCCUAGUCCACCAGAAUGUAUGCAAGCUGUGCAGACUAGGGGCUUUUAGGACACUUCACAUCAUCUGACAUCGACCCAUCCUUUUUUCUGUUUGUCAUAAAGUUUUAGGCUCUGGUGCAUAAGACUCCCCCCCACCUCUGGUCGGCCACCGCAAACAGCAUCUUUGUUGUUACGUACCGAACUAGCACUGUCCUGUUCCUGAAUUGUCCAGCUGCAUUCCUAUAAUUGAAUCAACACAGCCAGUUUGUGUAUGAAAGGGGCCCUUUGGCGAUAAACACUACUGUCUUUUCAAUUGAAAACUAAACCCACCCAAAGCAGCAGCCGUGGAAGACAAGUGGUGUUCAAAAAGAGAUCCAGCUUCAGUUUUGCUGGGGGUGGUGGGGGGGUGGGGGGGGGGGGGUAAGUAUGAUGUUGAUGUGGUGCCUUAGAGCAGUGGGGGGGGGGGUAUGCACUUGCUGCCUACAGCUGGACUGAAAAGGAAGCUAUAGCCUGUUGCAAACUGCCUCGUUUCAUUCUGUCCAAAGGGCAAGAAAAGGAAAAAAAAAGCAUUUUCUGGGAAAUAACUCUCAAGUCUCUUUUAAGCUGUCAACAUGCACUUACUAUAGACUCUACUUGUUUUAUAAAAUGUCUCUUUAGUGUCACGGUUUUGGGGGGGAAAAAAGUGUUUUCUCUUAUUUGAUGUCUCUACAAGUGUCAAUGUUGUUGUGGGAUCAUUCCAGAGUUGUGUUACAUUUGUAUGAUGUUGACCGUCAUGUUCGCAUAAGAAUAAGGAGGAGGAGCAGGAGAAAGAAAUAGACGUCUCUCCUCGUCCUAUCUGCUUCAAAAUAGCGGUCUUCUUUUUGCCUCGCUAAUUUUUUUUAAAGGGGAUCCAUUCCCUUCUUGAUGUUUUACGUUGUUGCCAACUUUUUUUUUUCUGACGAGACAUUGUUGUGAUGUUGAAGUUGCUUCUUGUGCUCUGUGACGGCUGCUCAGCAAUCAGCUUUCUGCUGCCGGGGAUGAGUCUUUGAAGGAGUUUUAGUGAGGAGGGGUAGAUCUUUUUCAGCAGUGGUUUCAGAUGUGAGGUGUGGACACAAUUCUAAAAUGUAUGAACUUUUUAAUCAAAGAAAUUAACAAUUUAAGAAAAAAACUCAAAAUGUCAGUGGUGAAUUUAAAAAAACAACAAAUAAAUAACCAUCUGACUCCAGAGAAAGGUUCUAAAAAAACCAAAAAGACAUUUGUUAUUUUUUUUAAGAAUCCCUACCCAAGUCUUGAAUAUUCUACUGUUAGUAACUUUUUUUGUAACAUAUUUUUGAGUAUCUUACAGAAAAUGGCUUUUAAACUUAAGAUAUAUUAAUAUUAUUUACAACAAAUUGUUAUUGAAAUAAAAAAAUUUUAACCUCCUCUACAAUCCUUACUUUUCUGGCCAUAAAGAAGGAAAAUGUUCAUUUUAUAGCUGUAAACAAAUUAGUUUUUUUUACAUUUGCACUUGGUAUGCAAAGAAAAGUUCAUUACCAGAAAUUGAAAUAUGUCACAGUUUGUAAUAAAUCAAUUUUAAGUAAAGUUUUGGAUCAAUUAAAAGUGAUUUAAAAAAAUUCUCCUCUAUCACCAAAUGAGUUAGAUGCUCCAAAGAUGGUGAGUAAAUCUGUAAAAUUUAAACAGUUGCCAGAAUUUACAAUCUAUUUGACUUAAUCUGAAUCGUUUAAUCAUUUAAAAAGAUUUUUCUUACUUGUGCCAAACCACUACCUUUUUUCUUUCGAUGAAUAACCCGAUUAAAACGUUUCGUAAAGUUUUAAAAGAUGUAUUCACGAUUACUACCUUUUGAAAUAUCAAGUCAUGAUGUUUCUUCUCACUAAAGUUAUUACUUAUUGACAUUUUAUAAUUUAUGAGCAUUUGUGAGCCCACUGUGGGAACCACUGCUGAGGGAGUAAAAGAAAAAGGAUUACGUUCAGAGGGCUAAAUUAUGUCAUACAGCGAAGAUCAAAUCAUUUGCUAACUACUUUCCUUUUCUCUAGUCUUUAUAUCAAAGUGAAAAAAGACAUCAUAGAGUGAAAACAAAGAUGACUAAUGAGGGUGGGAAAACGAAGAGAAAGGCUAGGUUUUAAUAAAUAAGUCAUGGUGGGAAGACAGGGAGAGAUAGGGGUGGAGGCUGUCUGCCAGCAGAGGAUGGCUGUGCUGUGCUGCCGCUCUCCAUCUGCUACCCUGCAAAUGGCCCUUUCAGCUCUGAAGUCACUGGCUGCAGAGCGGCAGCCACUCACAGGCACACCAGCCUGCAGGAAACUAGGCCACUGAACUCUAUCUGCCCUCCUUCUUUUGCAGAUUAAGGCCAAAAGGCUCAAUUUCUACACCUCCUGGCAACAAAGCCUUUUUAACUAAAGAUAGGUCAAAACAAACCAAAUUCAGAGUUCCGAAGCUGUGGAUGAACGAACCGGUGCGUGAUGGCAAACAGGUGUUGAGAGCCGACACUGCUGCCAUGGCAACAGCGUCCUCCUCCUCCUCAGUUCAUCUCUCCGGAAGAGGAGGGCCAGACUCAGAGCGGCAGCAGAAAUCUGAGAAUGACACGGAUCCUGACACGGUCCACACAUUUUCAAUAUUAAAUAAGCUGUAUGACUCAUUAACCCUUUGAGCUCAGCCUGUAAUGAACUGCACUUUCUUCCCUCCUUGUGGAGUGAAUAGAAUUGGUUGAAAAAAUGUUAUUUGUAAAGAGUGGUACAUUCCUUUGGAGAGUUGAAAUGACAACCUCACUUGUUACAAAACUGAGAUCCAGAACACAAAGCGGAACAGACCAGGUCACCACAGGAGGCCACGUUGUUUCAAAGUGCCACAGUGUUGCACAAAGGGUUAAUGACAAGACUAAGGCCACACAAGGCCUGUACCAAGUUAUGUUUUUGCACAUUUGUGAAAUAUUAUGUCAGUAUUUUCAUUUUUUUUCCAAGUGCCUUUUUAUUAUAGUUAAAUACAGAAGUUAUACACUAUAUGAAACAAAAAUGAUUAUAAGAAACUUUAUAUUUUUUCCUGACAUCAUGUUCUGUGUUUUAACAUGCAGAGUUUUAGAGUCGUAAAAGUCUCCAGUUGGUACAACCUAGGUGUGUUCUCCUGUUUUAGAGGAAUUUUAUUACAAUAUUGAUAAUGUCAAUGAAAGCAAAAAUGUUUAAUAAAGUUGCAUUUGAUAU